AGGAAAUACAGCGUUCAAUCUCACCCGAUCAAAUAAUCACAUCGAGUUCAGAAGCAGCACAGCAAUUUCGGUAACUAUGGAAUUAGAACUGGAGAACUUUCAUGGUUGACAGUUUUGCAUUUAUGAAGGAUACUGAAUAAGAUGGAUAUUUGCAAGAAUUGCCUGAGAGAAAUACUGCUUGUCCUAUUCAAUUGCAUCCUUGCUUGGUGUCGCUUUCCAAUUUACCUGCCUUGUGAUAGUCUUCCAUUGUCCAGAACGUUUGACUGUAGCAACAGGGGUUUAACGUCAGUGCCAAGAAUCAGAUCGGAAAAUGCAACCACCUUGCUGCUGAAUUUAAAUUUGCUUCAAGAGAUCAAGAACCAAGAUUUCUCUGGUAUCCCAAACCUUGAGACAAUUGACCUGAGUUCCAACUGCUGCCCUGGGAAACUCCGCUCACCUGGUCAAGAAUGCAAAUUAACCAUCAAAUCUGAGGCCUUCCUUCACCUUCACAGGUUAAAAAAAAUCGACCUUACAGGAAACAGUCUAACGAGAAUCCCACCAUUGCCUGCAAACCUUAGAGUCUUGAACUUGGUGCUCAACAAUAUAAUCAACCUGCAAUUUAGCAAUGUCUCCAAGCUGGUAAACCUGGAAGUUCUGAAUGUUAGCGAGAACUGUUAUUACCGAAAUCCAUGUAACAGCUCAUUCACCAUUGCAGAGGGCACCUUUAAGAACAUGCACAGGCUGCGCAUUCUAGAGCUGAACGCCAAUAACAUGACGGCGGUGCCCAGUGGUCUUCCACAGUCUUUGACAAAGCUGAGCCUCUGUGAGAACAAAAUCUCACACAUUUCAUCAGACAACUUUAAAAAUCUCAUUCAUUUGGAAUGUCUUCUUCUGGCAUGGAACUGCCAAAGAUGUGAUCAUGCAGCCCAACCCUGUUUUCCUUGCAAAGACAACAAGCCUAUUGAGCUGUCCCCUGAUGCCUUCCUCCACCUUAGAAAUCUGAAGGAGCUAGUCCUCAGAGGCAACUCUCUUAGGUGCCUAGAUGACCGGUUAUUCCAACCUCUAGGAAAUUUAACCCGACUUGAUCUAUCAGACAACCUUCUUGCCCUUGAAAUUCAAAAAGCCACAUUUUUUGCAAACUUGCACAAGCUUGAGGUUCUCAACUUAAUGUAUAACUAUGAGCCGCUCAGAACAUUUGAUAGUCUGCUCCUACCUCCUUCUUUUGCGCAUCUGACAUCCUUGAGAAAAUUUCAGAUUGAUGGAUACUUCUUCAGCAAGUUAGAUAAAGAUGGCAUACACCCUUUACUCAAACUUCCCAAUCUUACGUCUGUAAGCUUCCGCAUGAAUUUUAUACAGGAGGUUGACUUGAAACUCUUCGAAAACAUGAAGACAAUGAAAUAUAUUGGGCUGUCUGAAAACAAAGUGUCUUUUUCACUACAGAAUUCCAACCACUUUGGUGGUGAAAAUGACAGAAUUAACACGGACCCCGGCAACUAUCAACAGAGGCGAUUCCCUGAAAGAAGAGAUAAAUGUGAGAAUAUCGAGAUGGCCGAGCCUGAAGUUAAGGCUUCUGAGGCCUUUUCUUUUCAAAAAUGUUCCUCUUUUGGAAAGACCUUUGACUUAUCAUCCAAUAACAUUGCAGAUAUUAAACCAGAAGCUUUUGAGGGGCUAGAAGACAUUGAAUGUCUAUUGAUGUCUAGCAAUUAUUUGACACAGGCUCUAAAUGGCUCACAGUUCAACAGAUUGAAAAAACUGAAAUAUUUGAACCUCGCUCACAAUCGAAUUGAUUUUUACUAUGACACAGCAUUUUCUGAGAUCCCAAUGCUUGAGGUAUUAGAUCUCAGUUACAAUAGCUACACUUUUGAGAUGAAAGGUAUGGGACAUAGUUUCAAUUUCAUCACAAACCUCACUUCUCUUGGAAGCUUGAGUCUAGCACAUAACAAAAUAGCGAAACGGGUGUCGAGUGAGCUACGCAGCAGUUCUUUGAAUGUGUUAAACUUUACGGGGAACAUGUUGAGCACCAUGUGGGAAAGUGGAACAAACACGUACUUGAAAUUUUUCUACAACCUUCAAAACUUAAUGUUCCUGGACAUCUCGAACAAUAUGCUGAAGACAGUGCCUGCGGAAGCAAUGGUUCAAUUCCCGCCAAGCCUGAAAGAGCUUUACAUCCACAACAACCAGAUUGACUUUUUCAACUGGGAUAAUUUAACCGUGCUGCCAAACCUAGAACUUCUAGACUUAAGCAAUAACUUGCUUCACUCUUUACCCACAACACCGUGUCACUUUCCCAAAACAUUUUUCAAACUUAUCUUGCGGCACAACAAGAUAGCAGAACUCCACAGUGAGUUUUUCUCUAUAGCCAAAGCGAUGCGUUACCUUGACUUAAGCUACAAUUAUAUUAAAAUAUUGCAUGAAAACAGUUUUCCCUCACAGUUACUGGGAAAUUUGCAAAAGUUAGCUCUGGGCAACAACCCCUUUAGCUGCACCUGUGACGCUGACUGGUUUAUCCACUUCAUCGCAGACACCAAUAUAUCAUUGCCACAACUCACCACGAGUUGGAAAUGUGAGUUUCCAGAGUCGGAAGAGGGAAAGAGCAUCCUUUCAACAGAUCCCCUUUCCUGCCAGAAGGUUUACGGAAGUGUAAGCUUUGCCUUGUCUUUUCUGGCAACAACAAUUCUCACAGUCCUACCAAUAUUAAAUAAGUUGUUUGGUUGGGAUUUUUGGUACACCUUCUAUCUCUGUGCUGCCAAAUUAAAAGGCAGUGCGACGAAGGACUCAGGAAGUCUACAGUAUGACGCAUUUAUAGUUUUCGACACCACAUGCAAAGCAGUAGCUGAUUGGGUCUAUCACGAGCUUGUGGUCAAUAUGGAGAAGAAAGGACCAUACAGUUCCAAGCUUUGCCUUGAAGAGAGAGAUUGGAUUCCUGGCAUGUCAUCAUUACAGAACUUAUAUGACGCUAUCUACCAAAGUAGAAAAACAAUCUUUGUACUGACAAGCUCUUACUUUGUAAGCGAACAAUUAAGGCAGGCCUUCAUUAUUGCACAUCAGCGGCUAUUGGAUGAGAAGGUGGACGUCAUUGUCUUGGUCUUUUUGGAUCAAUGUUUGAGGAAGUCAAAGUAUCUGCAGCUGCGCAAGAGGUUGUGCAAGGCCUCUGUCUUAAGGUGGCCCCACAAUCCACGCGCAGAACCCCAUUUCUGGCUCAAAUUACAGAAAGUAUUGACCAGAGACAACAGGCUACAAUAUGAUCCAAAUUUCAGUGAGAGCUUUUUAUCCUUUGAAUGUAGUUUACAAAGCGUCUUUGUCACAAAGUGGCAAAAACUUUAAUUUGAAGAACAAGAAAGGACAAAAUAUUUUGGUAACCUCAGCUGCAGCAACAGUGCUAGUAAAUCUAGAAAUUCUAGACUUAAGCUACAAUGUACUUCAUUGGUUGCCUACAAAAUAGUGCCCCUCUCCCAAAACAUUUUCUGAACUUGCCCUGUGAAACAAUGGGAUAACAAAACUUCCUAGAAGUUUACUCUUUCAGUACUAUCUGGGUUAAUGGAACCAAGUCACCAGACCUUACUAGGACAGAAUGAGUCACUUCCUGCACAUCUCCCAUGGGUGACACAGGUUAAUAAUUCACUUCCUUCAUAGCCCUAGAGGUGCAUAGAGUCAUGGAAAUGUUAAAAUAAAUCUUGUUACAGCUACUGUUACAGUGGCAAAACUAAGAGAGAAAUGGAGGAAAAGGAGAUAAUCCAAAGAACUAAAGACUUGAUGAAAAAUACAGCUCCAGAAUUACUAUAUUUAGCAUGAUUUUCAUACUGAUUUUGUAAUUAUGGGUUUAACUUUAAAUUUUUAAAACUACUCCUGAAUCAAGGUUGUUUUAUUGCUGCAGUAAUGUUUGUUUCAUAUCCUAUUGUUGGGCAAGGAAUUUAACAACAGGCCAAUCUGGGAUUCUGUAGAUUCUGUCAAUAACUCUACUGAAUAUUCACUCCAACUUUUUUGUUAAAACUGCCAAGAGGAGGAAUUGCAUUAAUCCAUGGGGGCUUUGAUCUAAACUGUCAGGAAGAUAUAAUAAUGUUAUUGGAGUUUAUUGUAAAAUAGUAGUAUCUGUGUCUAUACGUCUGUGUGUAUGUGUGUGUGUGUGUGUGUGUGUGAGAUGUAAUUGGAUUAAAGACAGCUGGUCUAAAGGCUUUGAUGCAAACAUGGUAAACAUGGGAGAGGUUUAGAAUGUAAGGUGUAAAGGGAUAUUUCCAUUUGUAAAUAAACCAGACUUGAUUGUUUUCAAAGGAGGGGUGAAAUGUAUCACCUAUCCAGGUGAAGUUUAGAAACAGUGUGUUUAUUUUUCCCAAAGGUUACUGGUAACAC